CCAUUUUCCUUGUAUGUAACAUUAAUAAUUUUGAUGCCCUUUUUGCUGUAGGAUUUUUUAACCACUUUGGUUCCAGCAAAACUGAUGCAGUCACAUUUGCAUUCCCCUCAUUUAUCAAUGGUCCACCCCCUGUAGAGCUGCUAAUCUUCUUUCCCCCAGGCAACAUUCUUUCUCUACUCUUGUUGCUACAGCUGUUACGCAUUACUAAACCUGAUAAUUGAAGGCUGGCCAACCCCCACCCCAGGCUAACAGUGAUUCUCCCCAUUUCUUUUGACAGGUGACCUAACCCUUGACCCUUGACAUGGAAGUUGACAUCAUCUGGUAGUAGCAUCCUGUCUUUGUCUAGUGGGUGUUGGUUCAUACUUUUCUUCUUUCUAUCUAACUUUCUUCCAACAUGGCUAAUGUAGUAGCUGCUUUAUGCCAGGCCUGUUUUGGGGCUAAUGAAGAAGACCAGCCUCCAGGCAACAAAUAUGUCGUCGAUCCAACACCAGAGGAUAACAGGAUCCAGCGGGAUCAGCCUGAGGAGCCAAGAGAUGAUCGUGAAAGUGAGGAUCAAGGUCAGGAGAGAGAGGGUGAUAGCAUGCCCAUAGAAGAUCCAGAUCCUGUCCAAGAUGUAGUAGUCGACCCAGCCAUUAGUUAUGAUGACAGCCUGUCAGGGAUCUGUACCAGGCUUUGGGAACUGGACACCAACAGACUACAGCCUGGCAGGGACUAUGAAAUUGACACCCAAGGCCGUGCCAGGUAUGUGGAGAAAGGAGGAACCCCAAAGGACAUGGCCAGGGACCCUCUGUUUGCCUGGGUGGAUGAGGAUAAACUGCACAGUAUACCUACAUUCAAAGCCUUUAUCUCCCUGCUGGACAACUACUCCCACAAAGUUGGGGAGUCAGAGGAGGUCACAGCUGAAGAGGAGGAGGAGAACUGGACCUUCUUGAAUGCCUGUCUGGAAACAGAUGUCUUUCAGGAGGCACACAAGUACCUGGCUGGGAAAGACUUGGUACCAGAGGAUGAGGAAGGCUUCAAGCAGAGGCUGUAUGAUCUGUGGUUCAAGCUGUACUCCAGGACAAGAGGAAGGAUGGAUUCUUCAGGAUUUGAACAUGUGUUUGUGGGAGAGACCAGAGGCAGGAACAAGGAAGUGACUGGUCUCCACAACUGGGUCCAAUUCUACCUUCAAGAGAAGAAAGGAAGCAUUGACUACACUGGCUUUAAAAGCAGGGGUACAGAUAACUACGACCAGUUGAUCACCAUCCAGUUCACCUGGAAUGGCAACGUGAAGCCAGUAGGUAGUUCCUUCAUCGGAACCAGCCCAGAGUUUGAACUCGCACUUUACACAGUGUGUUUCCUGGUUGGUGACGGGAAGGACAGACUCAGCCUUGCAGAUUACGAUGUCGAUGUUGUAACACACCGCUUUGGGCGCUACAUAGGGACCAGCUACCCAAUGGCAAAAUAGAGUCGGGAAUUGUAACAGUUAAGGUCAUGAACCAACAUUGUACCAAAUAGAGAUGAAACAGCAA